ACUAGGGCAUUCUAUCAAAGAGAUCUUUAGCUUCAUCCAGCCGCUGGUUCUGGCAGUGGCCUUGGAUCAUGGCCGUCCACGGCGCGUGAGAGAUGCCCGUUAUGGGUCAUGGCCGUGCUAGAAACGGGGGUUUGCUCCGGCAUGGAGUGGAAUACCGCCUCCGCCUCGCCGAGAUUGCCACUCGGCGAGUACAUCUCGAUCAUCGCGUUCCAGGUGAUGGAAUUCUUUGCAGGGAUGCGAUCGAAGAGCUGCUUGGCGCGCUGCACGUCCCCGGCCGCGGCUUCAGGUCGUGGUUGCGAAUGUAGGCCUGGAGGGUGAGAUUCCAAGAGAAGAGAUUGGGAUCCGAGGUAGAAUCGAAGACCGAUCGCGCUUCCUCCAGGCAGCCGCAGCGGCCAUACAUCUGGACGAGGAGAUUUCGCAGGAAGACGCUGUUGUUGUGGUCGCUGUGAAGGAUCUGGGCGAUGGAUCCGGCGGCCAUUGUCGCAAGAUGUGACGAGGGCGGCAAGCUCUUAUGCGCAUCGCAUCAUGGCCGUUGGAUGAUGGGGACGUCCGAGGUUCAAGUCCUGGCAGGUUCUAGCUUCCCGAUGUUUUUCAUGGCACGCUGCGAGAACUCAUCCCCCAUCGCUCAGCUGCACUCCAAAUGCCGGGCGCGCUCGUCAACGACAGAAUUAACUUCCUGGACACAAGUGGAAGAGAGCAGGCUGGUUUUCCGGGCGAUGGAUCAAAAGGAUAUCAUCUCCUAAUGUCUUGCGCAGCUUACGUUUGGGUUGAGCGUCUCAGCGGCAGUGCAAGAUCUAUCCUAUCCGGUAAGCUCUUAUUCCGUUUGCUCUCUUCUUGUUUCUUCUUUUCCAGUUGUGAGUUUUCGAUUAUGUUGACACGGUUGUGAUGAUCGGACAAGCCAGCACUUUCCAAAAGGACAGCACUAUCCAUACUUAUGGAAACAUCGUCUACAUGAAAUGCACAUCUACUAUACGAUCUACAUCUCGGGCGACUGUCCUAAGUCCAUCUACCGGUGGCCAUAGAGACUGGAACCCUCCAAAUACGCUGCGUUCUAGCUGAUAGUCGUCAGCUGCUCUAUACCGAUGGCUUUCCAGUAAGAAACGUGUUUAACCGUGUUAUAUGUGCUUGCUUCAAUGGAGCGUCCAACACCGCUCAAACAGGAGGCUUGGACAUGCGAGUGAUAGUAAGCAAGAUAAGCAGGGUCUGACCUGAGGUUCUGCUCCGCCUCCACCACAUCCAGCAGCUGAUGAUAUCUCCAGAGGAUCUCAAGGUCUGUCAAUCUUUCUCCUCGAGUUUUAACAAGUUUGUCCUUUUACUGAGAUCUUGGUUAUCUCUUAAGGUUUCUAAGCAAUGCACGGCGUUAUUGCUUUCUACAAAGACACAACGAGAGUCCUUGUUAACACUCUUGGAUUUCAAAGUUAUGGAGGCACACGCUCCAUACGUCUGGGUGGGAUGUUUUCUCAGAAAUCCUGGAGGUCUCGAGUUUUCUUGACUUUUAGUUUUAGGGAAGGUCAGGUAUGGACGUCCAUGAGCAAGAUGAGAUUGCAGUUUCGCAAUGGUUUCAAGACGCAUGAGCCGCAGGUCUUAGAGAUCAUAACCUUUCCAAAGUUUGGCAUUGGACAGCGUGCGUUUCUCAUCCAGACUCAAGGGAAACAUACUGUGGGACUGCAUCUCAUUUCUAGACGAUGCCACAGUGGCGAUAAUCAAGUCACUAGGUGGAUUGAGAGCGAUUGCCACCUCUCACCCGCAUUACUACAGCACAAACUCUCGAUGGAGCGAGGCUUUUGGAGGCGUCCCGGUUUAUACCCGGGAAUGAGUGGUUUACCAGCACGAAAAGGUGAAGUUCUACUAUGGGAGGGACUCACGCUUUUAGCCUUGCACAAAUCCUCCACUGGUCUCAUGGAGCUCAAGGAGAGGUGUUUUAUUCACUGGAGAUAUCUUACAGGUGGGGAUGGACAACAAAACAGUGAGCAUAAUGAGAUCGUACCCAAAGUAUAUACCACUCGUCCAUGUUUGAUUUGUAGGUGGGGAUGGACAACAAAAUAGUGAGGAUAGUGAGAUCGUAUCUAAACUAUGUACCACUCUUGUCAAGCCACACUAAAAGGAUAGGCCAGGUGAUCGAGCCAUGGGAUUUUGGGAGGCUCUACGUUGCGUUUCAGGACAGAGAGGAUGACGCUGCUUAAGCAUCACAAUUAUUGAUUGACUCUCAAGUAAUGAAUCAGACUGAAACUCGAGAUGCUUUUCUGAU